AUGCCUGCUGCCCCCAGCCGCACACCUCCGCGGCGUGUCCCGGUGCGGGCCCGCGGCCUGGCCGAGCGCGCGUCUGCCUGCUCUCCGAGCCGCAGCAGGCUCCUGUCCCCUCAUGCGUGGCAGGCGAAGGCGGCUGUGGUGGUGGCGUCCCCGCUCCUGCGGCCCGCGCUGCCCUCCCUUGCCCGGAUACCUCCCCCCGCGCGGCUCCCGCAGCCCGAGCGGUCGGGCGCUGAGGGCCGCGUGCUGGGCGCAGCUCCUCCUCCCGACGGCGGGCGGAGCCGGCCCCGGCGGAGCCGCUGCCCGAGCCCCGCCGCGCCCUCUGUCGGCAACGUGAGCCAGCGCAGCGUGAGCCGGAGCAGCGUGACAAGCCCAAGACAAGAUGGCGUCACGACGCGCUGCGUCACGACGCGCUACGCACGCACGGGCGGAAGCCCCGCGCCGGAAGCGGAAGUGCUCCCUGGUUCCGUAGGAAGUGGCCGUUGUCCAGGGAGACGCAGCGCUGAGGAGGCGGCCGGGGCCGGGGCCGAGCCGAGCCCGAGCCGAGGAUGUGGCGGCUGCUGCUGGCUCUGGCCUGGCUCCUCAGGGCUCUUCCAGGAGGGACCGGGUGGCGCGCGCGGGGAGGCCGGGGCCCGGCCGCGGCUCGGAUCUGACAUCUCCCUUCCCCGCGCAGGGGCAGCGACAGAGCAGAGUGCCGGCGGGCAGCCACCUGCUCCCGAGGGCGGCGGCGAGCCGGUGCGGUACCGGACUGCGGAGAUGGCGGACGCUAUGCUGGGCAGCGGGCUCCCCGCGCAGCAGGCCGUGAUGCUCUCGGUGGUGCCGGGGGAGACGAAGGACGGCCAGGCGCUCCCCAUCGCCAAGGGGGCUUGCGAUGCGGCGGCCGGAGGCGAUGCGUGCCUGGCGGGCAGCAACCCGGAGGCUCCCCUCGGGCCGGCGGGCGGCCAGGGGCGGGAGCAGGCCAUGCUGGAGACGGUGCUGCCUGCCGAGGAGUCUAACACCACCGACAGCGCCAAGGCUCCCAAAGUGAACUGCGAGGAGAGAAACAUCACCGGUAUCGAGCGCUUCACUCUGCAGAUCCUGAACGUGUCCCAGGAUCUGAUGGAGUUCCUGAACCCAAACAGCAGCGACUGUACCUUGGUGCUGUUCUAUACGCCGUGGUGCCGCUUCUCUGCCAGCCUGGCACCUCACUUCAACUCUUUACCUCGGGCAUUUCCAACUCUUCACUUCCUGGCCCUGGAUGCAUCUCAGCACAGCAGUUUAUCAACUAGAUUUGGAACUGUGGCUGUCCCCAAUAUCCUCCUUUUCCAAGGUGCUAAGCCGAUGGCCAGGUUUAAUCACACAGACAGAACGCUGGAAACGCUGAAAGACUUCAUUUUUAACCAGACAGGUAUAGAAGCUGUUAGUGACGUGGCUGUGACCAAGGAGGACUGGGAGGGUCCCCUGCCCAGCGUUCUGACCAAAGGCAUAGACUGGCUGCUGCUCUUCUCUGUGCUCUUCCUGGCCAGCUUCAUCAUGUACGCGACCGUCCGAACCGAGAGCAUCCGCUGGCUGCUCCCCGGGCAGGAGCACGAGCACCAGGAGUAGCUGGGGCUGCUGGAGCAGGGGCAGGACUCCCCCCGUGGCAGCCUGGGGAGCUGUCCAGACUGGAAGGACAGAAGAAUGAACUGUGAAGUGUCUUGGCUGUAAUUUAUCAUCUUGAGUGGAAAUCU